GCUAAUACUAAAUAAUUAUUUCUAAUCAAUAGUUGACGAAGACUUUCGAAGUUGAAACUUAUAAGUUGUUUUACUUAGCCACACUAGGUACCUAGCUAUUACUAACUAAUGAUUUAACACUUUGCAUAUUUUUGGCAUUGCUUGUAGUUCUCGUCGUCGCUUUACUAAACAAUCUACACAAAUGUUGAAUUCGGGAAUAGAUUCAAGAGAGGUACCUAACAAGUGCUUUAUGUACGAUUAAUGUACAAUUGAUGUACAUGUUAUACUGUACAUCCUUAGGGGUAGGUCUUACAUCGAGAAGUGGGUCCGGGGAAUCGCCUACCUCGGCAUCUAAGUGCGCCUCCUUCGCCAUUCCAUAAGUAAACAAGCUCUUAUAAUACACUAUAAGUCAGGCUUCGCUAUUCAUUCAACCUUUUUAACCUUCAAUCAAGUUUAUUUUCAUCUCAUUUCCCUUUUCCUCCCCCCUUUUCCCAUUACUUACCGUCUAUCAUAUCUGUGGCGUCCAGGAUAAAUUAUAUACGUCAUUGUGAUUUAACGGAAGGCGUCCAGUCACGACGCGAAGAUGCCUUUCAACACCGAGCUGACACGCCGCCUGGGCAUCAGGAUUCCCGUCGUACAAGGCGGCAUGCAGUACGUUGGAUAUGCUGAGCUGGCCGCCGCCGUGUCGAACGCGGGAGGCUUGGGUAUCCUCACAGCCCUCACCCAGCCGACGCCCGAGGACCUGAGGAAGGAGAUUCGGCGGUGUAGGAACAUGACCAAAUACCCCUUUGGCGUCAAUAUCACCCUGCUGCCUGCUCUCGUACCCCCUGACUACGCCGCCUACGCUCAGGUCGUCAUCGACGAGGGCGUCAGGAUAGUCGAGACCGCUGGUAACAGCCCCGGUCCCAUCAUCUCCAAGCUGAAGGCCUCUGGCAUCAUCAUCCUCCACAAAUGCACCACGAUCAGGCACGCCCAGAGCGCUGUCAAGCUCGGCGUCGAUUUUCUCUCCAUAGAUGGAUUCGAAUGCGCAGGACACGUGGGCGAGUCGGACAUCACCAACUUUAUCUUGCUCACCAAGGCGCGUCAGACCCUGAAGGUGCCAUUCAUCGCUUCUGGGGGCUUCGCCGACGGCCAAGGCCUCGCGGCUGCGCUAUGCCUUGGUGCUACAGGCAUCAACAUGGGCACGCGCUUCAUGUGCACCGUCGAGGCGCCUAUCCACCAGAAGAUCAAGGAGGAGAUCGUCAAGGCGCAGGAGACCGACACAGCCUUGGUCAUGCGCCGGUGGACCAAUACCACCCGCCUGUACCGCAACAGGGUCACCGAUCAGAUCAUCAAGAUCGAAAAGGAGAGUGGGACGGGCGAAUUUUCCGAAAUUGCCCCGUACGUGAGUGGCAAACGAGGCCGGGAGGUUUUCAUAAACGGAGACCCCGAAUAUGGCGUCUGGACUGCUGGGCAGGUUAUUGGUCUUAUCAAUGAUAUCCCGACUUGCGAUGCUCUGCUGAGCAGAAUCGAGAAGGAGGCGGAAGAAACUCUUGCUUCGAAGCUUGCAUUGGCUAAAGCACCGAGUAAGCUGUGAAGGGGUCUAUUUGUGCAACAUGUAAUCAUGGCAGUUGCUAUUACAAUGUUUUUCUAUAACGGGCUCGCGGCGUCAUCUAUUACUCACAGGAUAUGAACCUAGCUGUCAUUGAAGCUGAAUUGAUAAACCGCAACAUUGGUAUUUUAAGGCAAUGUGACAAGAAUCCAAAAUAUAGGACUCAAUCUUUAUAGCCCGUUCUUUACUUUAGGUAUCUAGGUAUAUUAUUGUAAAUAUAC